AUGAGCACUGCUUCUGGCAUCACUCCUCAGGACAUUUCUGAAACCGCCCGCGCAGAAGGAGGCACCACUAAGGGCUCAAUGUCUGCUCAGAUGCAGUCUCAACACACAAAGGGGCUAAAUGCUAUUGGAGGGGCCUCUCAAGACCAGGACACCACCGGCACCACGUCCAACACUGCCAGUUCAAUCAGUACCACAAGCGACAUCACUCCCGCCGAGCAAUCCCGCCUUGACCGCGAGCGCAACCUCCAGGAGGCCCUUGACGUCGUCCAGCCCAAGAUGGCUUACGACCCGAAGUCCAUCACUCAGGAGGAUGCCAGUCUUCUAGAGAGCCGUGAGCAGCGCGCCCACGGUAUCAUCCCCAAGGGUUCCGUCACUGCGACUGCUCGCAGCCUCGCCGACAAGAAUGCUGCUUAUGGCGGUACUGACACUACCACUUGA